GGUUUUAACGGUCUAAUUUGACCUAAUAAAAGGAGUAUCCCACCGCAUCCCCCACUCCAGAGAGGAAUCAAACUGUCUGUCUUCGUCCUUACUACGCCCACCAUCGAUCCAGACGCCGCCGACUAGAGCAAUCUACCGGCCAUCCUCCGCCGCCGCUACCGUCCCCUCGUUUUUUCCACUACGUACCGGCUAUUGUCUCUCGUCCCAGCCCAUCAUCACCGCGGCCACCAUCCAUCCCUGCCAGCACCGCCGUCAAACUCCACCUCAGUCUCUUUCAUCUUUCCUACCGCUCAGGAAGAAAUCAUGCCUAAGGUGAAGACAAACCGGGUAAAGUACCCGGAAGGGUGGGAAUUGAUUGAACCUACUCUGCGUGAACUUCAGGCAAAGAUGAGAGAAGCUGAGAAUGAUCCACAUGAUGGUAAAAGGAAAUGUGAGGGCUUGUGGCCUAUUUUCAAAAUAGCUCAUCAGAAGAGUCGAUACAUUUUUGACCUUUAUCACAGGAGGAAUGAAAUUUCAAAGGAAUUAUAUGAGUUCUGCUUGGAUCAGGGAUAUGCCGACCGCAAUUUAAUUGCAAAAUGGAAGAAGCCUGGCUAUGAAAGGCUUUGCUGCUUGCGGUGUAUGCAGCCGCGGGACCAUAACUUUCAAACAACAUGUAUUUGCCGAGUCCCUCAGCAUUUACGAGAGGAGAAGGCUAUAGAAUGCGUGCAUUGCGGCUGUAGAGGUUGUGCCAGCGGAGAUUAAGCAGUGCCCCUGCAACUGGCAAAAUCACAUAAACUUCCCGUGCUACCAAUCCAACAUUAUGUCUUUCUUUUGUUGGUAUUUUAGGAUAUGAUCUCUUGCUUAGUUUUUUUACUUUUUACUAUCUUAUAAUUAGUAGCACUAAAUGUAGGUAACUCUGUUUAACUUGAAAAAUCAAUUCCUACAUAAUUUGGUAUGAGGUCCAAAUUGUAUCA